AAAUAGUUUCAGUUGUGGUGUGCCGCUUCCGCUAACGUUAACGUUUUUUUUAACAAGACUGUAACGGUUGUGGUCGACCGUCUGAUACAAAUCGUGGUUAAAUUACAGUGUAACGGAAAGCCAACUAUCGGCGGGUAAAUACGCGAGCUAAUUGCUCUCAAGCUACAAGUGGUCAUGUCUCCAUCUGAAGUAGCUAGGUGGGAUUCAUAUAGCUAUAUAGUUUCAUGAACAUAUGUGUGUGUGUGUGUGUGUGUGUGUAUAUAUAUGUGUAUAUAUAUGUGUACACAUGUGAUAAAGUAACUAAGACUGUCAACCAGUGACAGAAAGCCUCCCCUCUGAUGCUGUUCCAGCAGGUUAUGGUGUGUUAUUGGUCUUUCAUUUGCUUAUUAGACCACUUUAUAAGCGUUGAGGUUGUGACUCUGCACAAUACCAUAAGACCACGUUGUGUAGCAUCCAGAUCUGAUUGAUGCGACACGCUCUCAUAACAAAAAAACUCUUGUUUUCCCUGGAUCAUUUCAGUAUCCGAUGGCAGUUCAACCCAGGUCCUGUGAUAUAGGUGUUGUUGCCGUCCUGUGGCGGAUUUUUCCUCUCAGCUGUCCGGUGUAAGGAGUAGAGGAAGCAAAGAUGCCCAAACCGAUCAACGUCCGUGUGACCACCAUGGAUGCAGAGCUGGAGUUUGCCAUCCAACCUAAUACCACAGGAAAGCAGCUCUUUGACCAGGUGGUGAAGACGGUUGGCCUGCGGGAGGUCUGGUUCUUCGGCCUCCAGUAUGUGGACAGUAAAGGUUACAGCACUUGGCUCAAACUCAAUAAGAAGGUGACUCAGCAGGAUGUGAAGAAAGAGAACCCUCUGCAGUUUAAGUUCAGGGCCAAGUUCUUCCCCGAGGAUGUCUCGGAGGAACUCAUUCAGGAGAUCACCCAGAGACUCUUCUUCCUGCAGGUGAAGGAGGCCAUCUUGAACGAUGAGAACUACUGUCCCCCAGAGACAGCCGUGCUACUGGCGUCAUAUUCAGUCCAGGCCAAGUAUGGAGACUACACCAAAGAUGUCCACAAGCCUGGGUACCUCACCCAUGACAGGCUGCUGCCUCAGAGAGUCCUGGAGCAGCACAAGCUGACCAAGGAGCAGUGGGAGGACAGGAUACAGACCUGGCACGAAGAACACCGAGCAAUGCUCAGAGAGGACUCGAUGAUGGAAUAUCUUAAAAUUGCCCAGGAUUUAGAGAUGUACGGCGUCAACUACUUUGAGAUCAAAAACAAGAAGGGCACACAGCUGUGGCUGGGCGUGGAUGCCCUUGGCCUCAACAUCUACGAACACGAAGACAAGUUGACCCCAAAGAUUGGCUUCCCCUGGAGUGAGAUUCGAAACAUCUCUUUCAAUGACAAAAAGUUUGUCAUCAAACCUAUUGACAAGAAAGCGCCUGACUUUGUGUUCUAUGCUCCACGACUGCGCAUCAACAAGCGCGUGUUGGCGUUGUGUAUGGGGAACCACGAGCUGUACAUGAGGAGGAGGAAGCCCGACACCAUCGAGGUGCAGCAGAUGAAGGCUCAGGCCCGAGAGGAGAAGCACCACAAACAGAUGGAGAGGGCUCAGCUGGAGAAUGAGAAGAAGAAGCGAGAGUACGCAGAGAAAGAGAAGGAGAGGAUAGAGCGCGAGAAGGACGAGCUCAUGGAGAGGCUGAGGCAGAUUGAAGAGCAGACGAUGAGAGCUCAGAAAGAGCUGGAGGAACAGACUCGCUGGGCCCUGGAGCUGGAGCAGGAGAGGAGGAGAGCGAGGGAGGAGGCCGAGAGGCUGGAGCGAGAGAGGCAGGCGGCGGAGGAGGCCAAGGCAGAGCUGGCCAGACAGGCUGCAGACCAGCAGAAGACCCAGGAACAACUGGCUGCUGAACUGGCUGAAUUCACAGCCAAGAUCGCUCUCCUGGAGGAAGCCAAGAGGAAGAAAGACGAUGAGGCCUCAGAAUGGCAGUAUAAGGCUCUGUCAGCCCAGGAGGACCUGGAGAAGACCAAGGAGGAGCUGAAGACUGCCAUGACUGUGGUGCCAGGACCUCCGGGUGGCAAUGCUGAAAACGAGCACGAUGAGCAGGAUGACAACUACACAGAGGCCAGCUCAGAGCUCUCCAAUGAGGGCGUCAGCCAGCAGGACCUCCGCAGUGAAGAGGCGCGCGUCACCGAAGCCCAGAAGAACGAGAGGGUGAAGAAACAGCUGCAGACGUUGAGCUCAGAGUUGGCCGAGGCCAGAGACGAAACCAAGAAGACGCAGAACGACGUUCUCCACGCGGAGAACGUGAAGGCAGGCCGAGACAAAUACAAGACGCUGCGGCAGAUCCGAUCCGGUAACACGAAGCAGCGCAUCGAUGAGUUUGAGUCCAUGUGAGCGCAGCGCCUCAGGGGUACCUGCUCCAGAACUGUCCCCUCAGCGGCUGCUCAAUUUCCAUGGACAACAGUUGCUGCCCCCCCCCCCCAACACCCCGAGGCAAUCUUGAGAAAUCCUCUUGUCAAACUUUGCCAAAGUCCCGCCCCCACAUCUCCAUAUAUGGACGCCACUCUGAACAAGCAAAUCUUGUCCUGCAGAGAUCCCCUGUGAUCCUUAAAGCACAGAAGAGAAACUGUUCAACCAAAGGGGAAGCAAUUGGAUUUUUUUUUUUUUUUUUUCGAGCAAACAUGGCCAUAGAAAGCUACUUUUGUUGUUGUUUUUUUGCUUUGCUUGACAACUUGAAUGCAAAGGUUUAGAAUGAUUACCCGUCUCCUUGUUUUUGAGUGACUUCCCUCUGCUUUAGUUAGACCCGCCCUUAUUUUUAGUUGUCCGUCGAACACAUUAAGCUACAGGCUGUGUAUAAAGCCUGGAGUUUGGGGAUAAAUGAGGUCACUACUAGGAUUCAGCCUCUAUGCUAUAUCCAUGUUGAAACAUAUCACAAGCUAGUCAUGCUACUUCUCUUAGCAGCUGUGAGGUCUUUUCACUCUAAUCAAUCAAUUCAAACUGUCAUUUCAAUGUUACAUUUAUAUGUGAAAAAUGACACUGCAGUAUUUUAGAAGUUUAAUUUCAGGCUGGAUAUGAAGAACAGCAGUAUGUGAGUUGACCCUCGUAGGGAAAAGAGCCACCCAACUUGUCACGUGACGAGUUUCUAUGAAGGAAUGUAGCAAAGGUAACAAAGGGAAAGUAUGUUCUUUACAUGCAGAGGUGAUAAGACAGCGUGUGAGCCUAGAAGUGUUAUAAAGAUAAGCUAGCUGUGUAGUGUCUCAGUGUUUCAUUCCCAGUCACCAUCGAUGGUUUUCUCUGCCUACCGGCUCACAAAGGAAGCGUAACACUCGGGACAGACAGAGGAACAGAGUGACGAGUACUGUGUCCCAGCUGUUUGUCUGCCUGUCCAACCGUUUGGGUGAAAAGUAUAUACAGAUGUGUAAGAUGAGACCUGGCACCUCUCUGGCUGGGGAGCUUAUGAAAACAUCGGUCCUUGUCCCAGGACAAAUCUCUACCUCAGUAAUGUUAGCGGUGGUGACUGACAGUCAAACCCCCCCCCCCCCCCUUCCAAAAAUACAAAACAAAAAGGAAGGUCGCGAUUUGACUUGGUUGCUGUUACAUCCUUGAGUGGUGCUCCUGGGAAGGCUCCGUUGGUUGGGUUCAGGAUCUCAAGAGAACAUUAACGGUCGAGGGUGGACAUUUUUUUUUUAUUUUUGGGUCCCGUGAAGCAUCUGGUUCUCACGCAAGAUUCAAAAGAAGGCUCUCCUGUGUGAUAAUGAAUUCAGACGGUUUGCAGACCUGCAAUGGAUUCAUGGGACGGAGAGACUUGUGAAUACAGAGAUGCAUUAUGGGUAGUUCUAAUGUUAAGGGACCUUGCUAUUGUGAUUUCUACAAAUCUCUCUUGAGUCAAAUAAAAGGUUUGGCCAAUUUCUUCCCCUUAAAUCGUAUUAUGAAUGAAUCAUUUGUGCUCAAACAAACUGACUCCAUCUUUUGUGGGGUGGAAAUAUGUUCCAGUGGCUUUUUCUUUUUUUAAAUGAGUGACUAUAAAGUUCUUUUUUUCUAUUUACAAAAUGAUGACAAUGUUACGGAAUUAUUUGUUAUGCUAUACUUGUCAGCUGGUGUAGGUUGAUAUUUUUUUUUUAUUAGUUUUAAAGUUAAAGCACUGAAGCCUCUUGUGUUAACGUCAGUGUCUAUUGUUAGUUUGCCAUAGCAGGUGAAAAAGUGAUCCUGUGCUUCCAGCUCAUAUUUUUGUAUUGUGUUCAAAGACCCUAAACCAGCAGCACACAUCUCUACUGGGCAGCUUCAUUGGAGGGGAAAACUCUAGUUGACACACACACACACUCAGUCUGAAAGGCUUCAGUUAGACUACGUUGUUCUUCAGACUGUUAUCGGCCCUCCUGUCCCCUCCAUUGAAGCCAGUGUCUGUGAUGUGAUCUCUGGCACUAGCUGUCACGUUUUGCCGUUUUUUUUUUUUUCAUGUUGGUAUUCUUUAAGAUAGAUGGCACAGAUGGAUUGCAGUCCAUUUCAUUGGUUCUGAAAUAAAAGUUUUAAAUUUU